GGGAGGGGAGAUGGCAGGACGAGAACAUAAAGAAGAAGAGUCCCAUAACAGGACGACUGUCUGCCUCUCUCUGUCCCUUUCUCCCUCCUUUUCCAUCCCUCCAUUCCUCCCUCUUCCUAUCUCUCCACCUCCCUCUUUUGCACUGUUUACGCCCUCAGUGAGCGUGUGAGACGAGGCGGAGAGCUGUGUGCUGAGCAGAGCAGACACACACUCCUUCACACAGCUGGCACAUACAGAGGAAACUAUUCCAGAGUUUGAGAGAUCUGUGUCUUUAGGUCUUUCCUCUCAGAUCUGCUUUGUGGAAAUCUGGAGGUCAGACAUCUGCUCACAGCCUGCCUCUCCCCAAUCCAGUGGGCACCCUAAAUCUAAGGCCUACCCUCACUUCCACCCCAACCCAGACUGGGGAAGAGACAGGAGCCAGCAGGGAGCCUGGUGAAGGGAGACAGAGAUUACUGCCAGAGGGAUAGUUAACAGACCGUGACCCCUGACCCCCAAACCCCAGUCCCUUGACCUCUCUGUGUACUAUCCAGAGCAGCCAUGGACGACAAUCAGCUGACAGACAAGGGUGUGUCAGGAGAGGAAACAGUGUGCGCCGUGUUGGCCCGCUACGAGGGAACCCUGAGGGACGCUGUCAGGAAGAUUCACAUGGACGUUAGUACCUUCAAGCAGGGUGUGGAGCUGCGCUUAGAGGAGGCAGGGUUGGGGGGGGCGUUGGGCCAGGCGGUGGCCCAGCUGCAGCAGGAGAACCGGCAGCUCCGGGUUCAAUUGGAGACUCUGACCCGACAGGUGGAGCUCCUCACUGGGAAGCUGUGGGAUCGCAGUGCAGUGCUGAACAACCACAACCACUGGGACCUUCAGGACACACACGGCCAGAAUAGGACCCAGACCCAGUCCCAGACCAAGCCCCAGGUAGCGCAGUCAAGCAUCAGCCAGACAAGUCCCCCAUCUCCCCCUUUUUCCCUCAUUAGCUCUAGUAAUCCCCCUGGUCCUGGUCUGGGACCUCAAGUGUCCACCCCUUCUGGUACAGACUCAAGCUGUCUUGGCCCAGUGUCCAGUCUUUUUGACUCAGUCUCCACCACCCCUGGCCCAGUGUCCAGCCCCACUGGCCCAGUCUCCAGCCCCACUGGCCCAGUCUCCAGCCCCACCACGGCCCGCUUCUCCAGCAAAGCCACCUUCACAGUGUCCAGCAAGACUAAUAGUAUCGAACGUGAGGAACCAGCUCCUCCCUCCUCUGGGCUUGAGAACGGACACUCUAUUGCCUCAGACAAACCAUUUACAACCCCAGACAAACACUCUUCUCACCCAGAAAAUUCAACCAUGCUUUUUGGGAAGAGUCUGCAAGACACUAACAGCCCACACCAACAUGCGGCAUCUGUUCCCAUACCGAUGCCACACCUGCCCAUAACUGCCACAACCAAGGUGUCUGAAGCCUCAGCAACCUCCCUCAUGAACAUCCCUGAGUCCUCCAGUAAUCCUGUCAGUCCCUCGCAUGUCCCAGAGCCCCUGCCGCUCAGUCAAUCAACUGGUAACAACAAGCAGCCUCUACCAACCCCAGAGACCCCCUCACAGCCAGUUUCCUUAAUGAAGACUUUGACUCCAUCUCCCAUCAGAGCGUUGGGUUCUCCCCAACUUCAAGACAGGUCCGCAACCCGUCAGUCGGUCAGCUGUGGUCUGCACCAGCUUGAUACAGAGAGGGUCAUGGAUGUGAGCAGAGGUGUGUCUCUGGGGAGGGGUAUGGAGAAAAGGCGGGAGCUAGUAAGGUCACAGACUCUGCCCCGGAACAUUGGUGCACAGGUGCGCCGACCAUUUUUUGAGAAGCUUGAUUCUGAAGCGGACAGUAGGCCUAAAACUGUGGACUCCAAGCCAAAACUGAAACGUUCUCAGAGUUUUGGAGUUUCCAGUGCCAGCAGCAUCAAACAGAUUCUCCUGGAGUGGUGUCGCUCCAAAACCAUAGGCUACCAGAAUAUUGACAUCCAGAACUUUUCAUCAACUUGGAGUGACGGCAUGGCUUUUUGUGCACUGGUCCAUUCCUUCUUCCCGACAGAGUUUGAUUACAACCUCCUGACUCCUGCCAACCGCAAACACAACUUUGAGUUGGCCUUCCGUACUGCAGAGGAGAAGGCAAACUGCGACCGUCUGAUCGAGGUGGAGGAUAUGAUGGUGAUGGGCAGGAAGCCAGACCCCAUGUGUGUCUUCACCUACGUCCAGUCCCUCUACAACCACCUGAGGAAGUUUGAGUGAUGACCCAGACCCAGUCUCACAUCCACUACUACACCCUAUCUGGGCCCACAACCACAUCCACCACCACACCCUACCCUGGGCUCAGUAACAUAUCCACUACACUGCAGGCCCAGUCCCAUAUCCAACACUACACCCUAUACUCUGGUCCCAAUCCAAGCCUAGUCCCAGUCCCAUAUUCCCUACUACAGCCUGUAUGCUCUCCUUCCUUUGACCCAUUCAGACCUGCUGAAGGACAACCCAUGACAGUCCCAACUGUCUCUCCUGGGGUUAGCAAGAGUGCUGCACAGUUGGACCGAUUCUGGACAGACUACACUGACCCCUGAUGGUAAAAACAGAACACUUCAGCAGCACUGCAGUCUCAUCACCAUGAGGUCUCACAGGACUAAUAAGAAACACAGAUACACCCUGGAAUUAGGCUAUGGACAACUGCCAGCCCUGAGACAGUGCAAAACAAUACAGCCCUGAAAACAGAUACUUGACUAUUUCUGUCAAGUAUCGGACUGUUUCUCUGACUGUGUGUGUGAGUAUGUAUGCCUCUCUGACUUUCUACAGUUUGUAUGUAUGAGGUUUUGAUUAUCUAUUGUCAUAGCAGAACAAAAUUAGGAAAUUAAAAAUGUCCUCUGAUUAUUGCACUGGACAGCGCAUGGCUUUUGGGAUGAGACUGACAAAUGCCAUAGUAUGUGACAACUGUAACAGUCACUUGAUCAUAGUUCUAUUUUUAUUCAGUUUCUCAACUGUCAUCGUUUGGUUCUGUGGGCCAACAGUUAUAGGACAAAGCUUGUCUAAAGGAUGCAUCUGUUGUUUUUUUUAUUGUUUAGCCAUAAGCCCCUCAACCAGGGCUUAGCCCACCUCACAGAGCUCUUAAUGAGGUAGGAAGGACAACAAACACCUAUCAGAAACACAAGUAGACAGUUGACCUUUCAAUGUGCAGAUAUGCCAUCAUGCUUUUGUUUUUUACAACAUGUAAAACGUAUUUACACUGUUGCAGUCUAUACUGAAGUGUCAUGGGGAUUCACAUGUACUCAACAUCCAGUACCAAAUGUAACUGAGGCAACCACACAAUGCCUUAACUAACUGAAAA